ACCAAAUCCGUGGUACUCACCUCAAAAAAUCCAGACAAAACAAUGAGUGUAGGAGCAGAUAUGGAUCCAGAAUUUAUCGCAAAACUAGAAGAAUGCUUAAGAAGGCAUGAAGGUAUAUUUGCAGGAAGCGCAGCUGACAUGCCUGGAAUAGACCCUGAAGUCACAUGCCAGAGGCUCAGGGUACCCCUAGAAGCUGUGCCAGUCAGGCAAAAGAUGAGACAAUUUGGAGCCAAAAGAACCGCAGCUAUAAAGGAAGAAAUAGAGAAAUUAAAAGAAGCAGGAUUUAUAAAAGAAAUAAACUUCUGCGAGUGGUUAUCUAACAUCGUCAUGGUAAAAAGAGCAAAUGGAAAAUGGCGCAUGUGCAUUGAUUUCACUGACCUUAAUAAGGUGUGCCCCAAGGACAACUAUGCAUUGCCUAACAUAGAUGAAUUAGUGGACAACUCCUUCGGAUAUGAAAUACUCAGUUUCUGUGACGCCUAUUCAGGAUACAACCAAACCCCACUCGCAAAAGAGGAUCAAGACAAAACAGCUUUCAUCGUGGCAGGAGAAACAUACUGCUACAUAGUGAUGCCAUUUGGCCUAAAAAACGCAAGAGCAACAUACCAACGUUUUGCAAACAAAAUCUUUGUGUUGUUGAAAGGAAAGUGCGUAGAAGUAUAUGUCGAUGACCUGAUAAUAAAAAGCAGAAGUCUAGAUCAGCAUCUUGAAGACUUAGAGCAAGUUUUCAGCAUACUACAGGAAUAUGGCAUGAAAUUAAAUCCUCUAAAAUGUACGUUCGGGGUGAAGGCUGGAAAAUUCUUAAGCUUCAUGCUAACCAACAGAGGUAUUGAAGCAAAUCCAGAAAAAGUGCUUGCAAUAAUAGAAAUGAAACCCCCAGCUUCAAUAAAAGAAGUACAACACCUUAUGGGAAAAAUUGUGGCAUUAGGAAGAUUUCUGUCAAAAUCUACAGAAAGGUGCUUGCCCAUCUUUGAAAUCCUACGAGGAAAGAAAAUCUUUGAAUGGACACAAGACUGCCAGAGAGCUUUUGAACAAUUGAAAGCAUACCUGGCAUCUCCACCUUUAAUUAGCAAACCUAGCCCUGGAGAGACAUUAUUCCUAUACAUAACGGCAACAACAGAAGUAGUUAACGCAGCUUUAAUCAGGCAAGAACAAAAAAGGCAAAGACCUGUGUACUUUGUAAGCAAAGUACUACAAGAACCAGAAAAAAGGUACGCACCUUUAGAGAAGCUAGCAUAUGCAGUAAUCAUAGCAACCAGAAGACUAAGAUAUUACUUUCUGGGGCACAAGAUUACAGUCCUCACCAAUUAUCCAUUGAGGCAUGUAUUGCAUAAACCAGACUUAGUAGGAAGGCUGGUAAAAUGGAGCAUUGAUCUUAUAGAAUUUGAUGUGGAAUUCCAGCCACGAAAAGCUAUGAAAGCUCAGGUUUUGGCGGACUUCAUAGUAGAACUGAGUAAGGCAGAAAAAGCUGCGCUUGACACACCUUUACCAACACCCCCAGCAAAACGGCAAUCAUUAGAAAUAGAAGAAGAGCAAGCAAGGGCAAUUCCACCAGAUCUUUGCUGGGUCCUCCAUGUUGAUGGAUCAUCAAGUGAGAAUGGGAGUGGCGCAGGAAUCAUACUGACAUCAUCAGAAGGAGAAACCUUCGAGUACGCACUAAAGUUUACGUUUGAGGCAUCCAACAAUAGAGCAGAGUACGAGGCUCUGCUGGGUGGACUUCGACUAGCAAGUUCAGGAGUCACAGAAUCGGGAAAAGAGAUAUACGUUGAAGAAUUGAGCUCCCCCUCAAUAUCUGAAGAAGAAUUCCUGGAGAUAGAAGAAGAAGAAGUAACCUGGAUGAAUCCAAUCAAAAGAUACCUCUCUAAUGGAGAUUUACUUGAAGACAAGAAAGAAGCACAAAAGUUGAAAAGGAAAGCAGCGUGCUCCAUGACCUUUUGCAAAAUGGGAGAUGGACAUCCUUGGGCCCUUCCCAAAAGCAAAAGGAAAAAGGAAGUACCUUAUAGUUGCAAUAGACUACUUCACGAAAUGGGUGGAAGCCGAGGCAGUGGCCAGAAUAAUAGAACAAAAAAUAGAAGAGUUUGUAAAGAUAUGCAUCAUAUGCAGAAUCUGGAAAGACGAUUCACAAUCAAAGCUCAGCUAGAAAAUGAAGGAAAAACACCAGAGCAAAUUGAGCAGAGAUUUGCUUCAGUAGCUUACCCAGAAUCAAACGGACAGGCAGAAGCUGCCAACAGAAUCAUAUUAGAUAGCUUGAAAAAGAAGGUAGGGAAGGCAAAGGGCUCAUGGACAGAAGAACUACUGUACACAUUAUGGGCCUACAGAACCAUGUACUGCACAUCCACCGGUGAGACCCCAUUCAAUUUAACAUACGGAACAAAAGCAGUGAUUCUAGUAGAAACUAGAAUUUCAAUGCAUAGAACCAGCCAUUAUAACGAACACAAAAACAAAGAGACUUUAAGAGCCAACCUAGAUUUACUAGAAGAAGUUAGGGACUUAUUGCAAAUACGAAUGGCAAGUUACCAUAGAAAAGCAGAAAAAUAUUACAACCGCAAGGUAAAACCCAAAAACCUAUGCAAAGGAGAUUGGGUACUAAGAAGAGCAAAGGUCUCAGAAAGAAAUCCCCGAGAAGGAAAGCUAUGCCCAAGCUGGGAAGGACCAUACCUCAUCAAGGAAGAUUUAGGCAACGGAGCCUUCAAGCUGAUACGCCCCAAGGGAGCAAUAAUCCCACGGACCUGGAAUGCUACGCACCUUAAAAAAUACCACUGGUAAGCAAAGGAAAGUAAUCUUGUAAAGUACUCCCCAUCAAUAUUGCGACUUUCAUUUGAAUAAAAUGAGAAAUUUAGC